AAUACUUCUCUUUGUGUUUUUACUUUGAAUUCAUCGUUUGAGGCACUUUCUUUUUCUUUUUACAUUGCAUGUGAAAAACAAAAACUGGACACCCCAUACGCAGCUUGUGACAGAAGAAAAAAUGGAGACUGAAGCAAUGUUAACAUUUCACUCAUACUGGAGACUGUCGCACUGCAGCUAACAGAGUUUCUACCCUUCUCCUACCCCCCAUGUUAAAUAUGAGCGAGUGAUAAUACACACAGUGUAGUUUCUUUCAUAUUUUUCAGGGGUAUUCUAAUCUUUCAUGGUGUAUUUCCCUGUAUUUCAGCUAUAGUGGAUUACAUGGCAGCAAUAUAGGAAAACAAAUCUUGACGACCAUGUUAGCAGAUGAUACAGUUCAUGAUAUUUAUAAAACAUUAUGUAACAUUCAUUACUCCACAAGCUUAGCAGUGGCAUUAGCAUUUACAUUAAUUAUCUCUCAACUAUAAUCUGUUUGGCUCAUGUUCAGGGGAAUGUUUGCUGUUACAUAUUCCUCCUCUUUGCUCGUGCUGAUUUUAAAUACCCCUGCACCGCUACACAGCGUUUUCAGGAGUCACGGAGGAGGGCUGUCUCCUGUCACGUUACCUCCCCUCCCGGAAUGUGUUUAGGUGAACGUGAGGGUUCACUUCAAUGCAGAUACAAAGGUCAUAGAGUGUUGUCUGGGGUUCCUUCUUCCCGAGUCCCUGAGCAGUUUGUUAAGGGACACUCGGGUUUGACUAGCUCUUGUUGUUGUUGCUAGAUUUUGCUGUGCAUGAGUUUGACCUUGGUCUGUGGCCUGUGUGUUGUGGGCUUCCUGUUGAAACAUUGGAGUAAAACUGCAUUUAUAUGUAUGUUGUUAUAUUUAGCUGCAUAUUAUCUUGCAGAGUGUCACCCGUGAUUCAUACAUUGUUGGAGUAAUAAAUGUGGAGUGUGUUGGCUACAAAAAGACUUGAAUGAUGUGGAGCUAUAUAACCAGUUGUUGUUGAGUGGGAUUGGCAGGGCAUUUCCAACAAGGCAUGGCUUGAGUUUGCAUGCGAGCAGAGAGGUGGGAUUGUGAGUCAGAGCUCAAAAGCUGUGGUUAUAUUGGUCUCAAGCUUUAUGUCACCAUAGUCCUGCGUUUGCAGUCUGUAUGUGUUGUGAAACAUUUCAGGAGUUUGUUAUGUGUUAGACAUUUUAUCAUAAGAAGUAAACCCGAAACCACCACUGUCAUAGCUGUGGUUCAGUUUUAAGUGGAAUGUCAUUGGAGGAAGAAUUAGACAAACUAGUAAUGUUAUAUAAAUCUGUAUAUUAGCAUGAGGUCAUCCAGGAAGGUCAACCACUUUGACAUCAGUCACCAUUAUCAGAAAACAGAUUAUAAGCUGUUAAUAGAGUUUUAUUACAAUGUCCUCACUACAUUAAAGUUUGAUUUUCCACUGUUUACCAGUCAGGUGUGUAAAGAAGUUUUUGUGUGCAUGCAAUCAAAGUCAAGUUGCAUUGGUGUGAGGGCUGUUUAACUGUCACUCUAACAUCAGUAUAUAUCCACUGUUUGGACACGUUCAUGACAUUGUUUUUGUUUUCUUUUAUUCCAGCUCUGUGGAAAAUGUGUUGAAAACACUUGUGAAAAGCUCCCGUCACACUCUCUAAGCUGCUCUGCUGGUUGAGAUGCCUCGAGUGUCCAUAUAUAUCCAUUCAUAAGCUGAUACUUUCCGGAGUCUGCCACUCAGGAGAUGCUGGAUGAGUGGAGACCACUCCUUUGUCCGUUUGAUGUCACCAUGCAAAGAGCGAUCAGCUACUUUGAGCUCUUCCUACCCACGACCUUGCCGCCAGAGCAGCAUGACAAGGGGUUCAAGUUGUGGUUUGAUGAAAUGAUCAGUUUAUGGGUUUCUGUGCAAAAUCUCCCAAGCUGGGAAGUGCAUCUGGUCAGUCUGUUUGCCCGCUUGGCUUAUGACAACAUUGGCUACAUUGACUGGGACCCUUAUAUCCCUAAGAUUUUCACAAGAAUUUUGAGGAGUUUGAAUCUCCCUGUGGGAACCAGUCAGAUGAUGGUUUCACGAUAUGUCACUAAUGCCUACGACAUCGGCCAUGUGGUGCUUUGGGUCUCAUCCCUCCUAGGAGGACCCAGCAAGCAGACCCAAGCACAGCUCAGUGGCCUUUUCAACAGUAUAACAUCCUUCUUCCACCCAUCAAACCAUGGUCGCUGGUUGAUGAAGCUCAUGAAACUGCUCCAGCGUCUCCCGGCCAGCGUAGUACGGCGGCUGCACAGAGAGCGCUACAGAAAGCCCUCGUGGUUAACACCGAUACCAGAGAGCCACAAGCUCACAGAGGAGGAUAUCACAAACUUUGUGGAGAGCAUGAUGCAGCCGGUUCUGCUGGCCAUGUUCAGCAAGACGGGCAGCCUUGAUGCAGCCCAGGCCCUGCAAAACCUGGCUCUAAUGAGGCCUGAGCUAGUCAUUCCUCCUGUGCUGGAGAGAACAUACCCAGCUCUGGAGACUCUAACAGAGCCCCACCAGCUGACGGCCACUCUGAGCUGCAUGAUUGGUGUGGCACGGAGCCUGGUGUCAGGUGGGCAGCGCUUUCCUGAGGGGCCCACUCACAUGCUGCCCCUGCUCAUGAGGGCUCUGCCUGGCGUCGACCCAAAUGAUUUCAGCAAGUGCAUGAUCACAUUCCAGUUUAUUGCUACAUUUGUGACUCUUGUGCCUUUGGUGGACUGUUCAUCUGCCCUACAUGAAAGAACCGACUUAACAGAGGUGGAAAGAGAGAUGUGCUCGGCCUCAGCUGAGUUUGAAGACUUUGUGCUUCUGUUCAUGGACAGAUGUUUUGCCCUGAUCGACAGCAGCACUCUGGAACAAACUCGAGAGGAAACAGAAACGGAGAAAAUGACUCACUUGGAGAGUCUAGUAGAACUCGGCCUGUCCUCCACCUUUAGUACCAUCCUCACUCAGUGUUCUUUGGACAUCUUCAAGGUGGCUCUGGUAAAAGUGUUCAACUUUGCAACCACCAACAUCUUUGAGACACGUGUAGCUGGGAGAAUGGUGGCUGACAUGUGCAGAGCUGCAUCAAAGUGUAACCCUGCAGAGUCUCUCAAGAUGUUUGUGCCACACUGCUGCAAUGCCAUAAACCAAAUCGCUGUCAAUGAGGAAGUGUUGAAUGAGGAGGAGCUUGACAAGGAGUUGUUGUGGAAUCUCCAGCUUCUGUCUGAGGUGUCCCGUGUGGACGGUGACAAGAUCCUGCCCUAUCGGUCUGACCUGGUCCAGAUUUUGCAGUUGACACUGCACCUCAAGUGUAAGCAGGGCUACACUCUGGCCUGCAACCUGCUUCACCACAUCCUUCGAUCUACUGUCCUCAUCUACCCCACAGAGUACUGCAGCAUGCCAGGAGGCUUCCACCAACCAAUCAAGGACUACCUCCCCAUCAAGGACUGGGGUCGGCCUGGGGAUCUGUGGAAUUUGGACAUCCGGUGGCACGUGCCCAGUGUUGAGGAGACAUCUUUUGCGUUUUAUUUACUGGACCUGAUCCUCCAGCCGGAACUUCAGCGCCUUCAGAGAUUUGCACAGGGUGAAAAGGACGUGAGCAGAGAUGAUGUUCUGCAAAGUCUGACCAUUGUUCAGCACUGCAUGCUGGGUGCUGGGACUCUGAUGCCUCCACUGAAAGGAGAGCCCAUCCCUGAACUGGUCCACAGCAUGGUGAAUCUAGAUGAGACCGUCCUCUACACAGGAAUUGAGUAUGAUGCAUCCAGAGAGAACUACAGAGAUGCUAUCUGUAGUGUAAUGAGACUGCUGCUGAAAUACAUCCUGGAGCACUCUGAGGAUGACACCAAGUCACUUUUCUCCAUCAUCAAGAUUAUCAGCGACCUGUUGCACUUCAAAGGUUCUCACAAACACGAGUUUGACUCCCGCUGGAAGAGCUUCAACCUUGUGAAGAAAUCAAUGGAAAACAGACUUCACGGCAGAAAGCAGCACAUCAGAGCUCUGCUAAUAGACAGAGUCAUGCUCCAGCAUGAGCUGAGAAAGCUGACUGUGGAAGGAUGUCAGUACAGGAGCAUCCACCAGGAGCUGAUGAGAGAUCUGUUGAGGCUUUCCACAAGCACCUACAGUCAGGUUCGCAGCAGAGCUCAGAACGUCUUGUUCACUGCACUCGGAACCUAUAACUUCUGCUGCAGAGAUCAAAUCCCCCACGUCCUUGAGUUUCUCAACCCGGACAACAGCAGUGUAACACAGCAACAGUUCAAAGGUGCCUUGUACUGUCUUCUGGGGAAUCACAGCGGGGUGUGCCUGGCCAACCUGCACGACUGGGAAUGCAUUACGCUGACGUGGCCUGCCAUCGUGCGCUCUGGCCUUAGCACAGCCAUGUCUCUGGAGAAGCCCUCCAUUGUGCGGCUCUUUGACGACCUUGCAGACAAAAUCCAUCGGCAGUAUGAGACUAUCGGCAUGGACUUUUCUAUCCCUGCUGAGAGCUGUGUUGUGGCCAAACAAAUUAUGAUCGCUGGAAAUCCUCUUCCCGAGGACCCCGUCCCUUCAGAGGAAGAAACGGCAGAGGGUGUAAAGAGGCAGGAACUCAAGAACUCUGAGUCUGUUGAGAAAUACAAACACCUCAUUGGUGAUCUGCUGGACUGCCUCAGCAACAGCAACAGCAACAUGCCUUGGAAGUUUGAACACAUUUCAAUUGGCUUCUUGUCAUUGCUGCUGAGAGACGACCACCAACUCCCACCACCUGCUGUAAUGUUCUUUGUUAAAAGCCUCAACCAUGACUCCCUCUACGUCCGCAAGGUGGCGAUAUCAGCCGUAGCAGGGAUCAUGAAACAAAUAAAGAGACCCCACAAGAAAGUCCCUGUCAGCCCCUCUGAGCUUUGUGGAGUGAAGGAGCUCAGUGAUGAAGUAGCAGGAGACCGUGUGGACAACCAGUGGCUCCAGUAUAACAGCAGCAGUCUGCCACGCACACAGAAGGACUGGGAUCAGACUGUGUUUGUGGAAAAGACUCACUGGGGAUACCACUCCUGGCCAAAAAAAUUAAUGAUGUAUGCACCAAUGAAGGAACAACCCAAACAGAAUCUGUCCAGAGAUGAGAUGACAGAGAGGGAGCAGAUCAUCUUUGACCAUUUCUCAGACCCAGUAUUCAUCAACCAGUUUAUUGAGUUUCUGUCCCUUGAGGACCGUAAGGGCAAGGACAAGUUCAGCCCUCGCAGGUUCUGUUUGUUCAAGGGAUUGUUCCGCAACUUCAACGAUGCCUUUCUGCCAGUGCUGCAGCCACACAUGGAGCGCCUGGUGGCAGACACCCACGAGAGCAAACAGCGUUGUGUUGCGGAGAUCAUCUCCGGGCUGAUCAGAGGCUGCAAGCACUGGAGCUACGCAAAGGUGGAGAAUCUUUGGGAGGUGUUGUGUCCACUUCUCCGCAUCGCCCUCACAAACAUCACAAUAGAAACUUACGCUGACUGGGGAACCUGCAUCGCCACAGCCUGUGAGAGCAGAGACCCACGCAAGCUUUACUGGCUGUUUGAGUUGCUAAUGGAGUCUCCAGUAAAUGGCGAGGGUGGCUCCUUUGUGGAUGCCUGCCGUCUGUACGUGCUGCAGGGAGGCCUGGCUCAGCAGGAGUGGCGGGUUCCAGAGCUCCUUCACAGGUUGUUACAAUACCUGGAGCCCAAACUCACACAGGUCUACAAGAAUGUACGAGAGCGAAUCGGCAGCGUACUCACGUACAUCUUCAUGAUUGAUGUGAACUUGCCGCACACCCAGCCGACCACGUCUCCGCGCAUCUCUGACUUCACCGAGCGGAUUUUGUUGCAGCUGAAGCCUCUAAAUGAGGGCGACGAGGAGAUCCAGAACCACGUGAUGGAGGAGAACGAGGUGGGGGUGCAGGAUGAGAGGACGCAAGCCAUCAAGCUUCUUAAGACAGUGCUGAAGUGGCUGAUUGCAAGUGCUGGUCGCUCCUUCUCCACUGCUGUGCCGGAACAGCUGCGGCUGCUUCCCCUGCUUUUCAAGAUUGCUCCAGUUGAGAAUGAUGACAGUUACGAUGAGCUGAAGAGGGAUGCAAAGACCUGCCUGUCUCUGAUGUCUCAGGGACUCCUCUAUCCGGACCAGAUCCCCAUGGUCCUCAGUGCUCUGCAGGAGAUUGCUGGCAGCAGCUCCUGGCACGCCCGCUACACGGUGCUAACAUACCUCCAGAUCAUGGUUUUUUACAACCUGUUCACCUUCAUGAGUGACCAGAAAGCGGUAAACGACGUGCGGUCGCUCGUGAUACAACUGCUGGAGGACGAGCAGCUUGAGGUGAGAGAAAUGGCUGCCACUACACUCAGUGGCUUCCUUCAGUGCAAUUUCCUGUCCAUGGACGCCCCCAUGCAGGUACAUUUUGAGGCCCUCUGCAAGACUUCCCUGCCUAAGAAGAGGAAGAGGGAGCUCGGAUCUAUCGUGGACACUAUACCCUCUGCCGACCUGGUGCGGCGCCAUGCUGGUGUUCUCGGGUUGAGUGCUUGUAUUCUGUCCAGCCCGUACGAUGUGCCCACCUGGAUGCCGCAGCUCUUGAUGGACCUCAGCGCUCACCUCAAUGACACACAACCCAUUGAAAUGACUGUGAAGAAAACUCUGUCAAACUUCAGACGGACUCACCAUGACAACUGGCAGCAGCAUAAGCAGCAGUUCACAGACGACCAGCUGCUCGUCCUGACCGACCUGCUGGUCUCCCCCUGUUACUAUGCCUAAAACCCUGUAAAGCAUUGACACGUGACACCGUUCUCCAGAAAUACAUUUCACCGAACGUGUUCACAAGCACACCCAAAAGAUAUUAAACAUGAAUCAUCACUGAAGACCAUCGAAUGACACUGCUGAAGGGAUCAUCCCAGAGAGGAUAGGAGACAACUCCUGGAGCCACCUCUCUACAGUUCUGUUUGCCUGUGUCUCACUUGUGUCCGAGUGGGACGACUGACUGUACAGACUCAAGCCUGCAUGGGGACCACGGCUCCAGUUCUUGACUGAAGACAAAGACAGUGGAACCCAGGGUAAAGUCUGGCACACGAGUAAACUGAGUUGUGGUGCACAGAAUGAUUGAUAAGAUGUGUGUAUUUAUGUAUUUAGCUCCUUUACAUUUCUACUAUACUUAAUAUUUAAGGAUCAAUCAUUGCAGGGAUGAGUGACCUGCAGUUUGUAACAUUACUGUACAGCAUUUCCCCCCCCCCCUUUUUUGGUUUGUUUGUUUGUGUGCAUGUGCACGGAUGUAUAUGCGUGUGGGCGUGUUUAUGGGAUGCUUGAAGACUGGUGUCCCACACAUUUCUCAGGAUUAUAUCCCGAGAAUCAACUCUGAGCCAACACGAUGUCCAGUGUAGGACACACUCUUUACUAUCGUUCAAUAGUGAAGCGUUUGUUGCAAGCUACAGAGAAUUGACUAUCGAAGAAUGGUCUCUUUAGGUGAGACUUGAACCUGCAACACACAAUGUUUGUGUGGCUGUUUGAUCUAUAUAUGAUUAUAUGCAUCAUGUAUGUAUAUAUCAUUGUGUAGCAAAUAUGCACAAACAUAUUUAUUUAUUUAUUUCACCUUUUUCUUUUUGAAGUGCUAACUUUUUUCGUCGGAAUAAUUUCUGAGAGCAAGUAGGUGGUGGAACUUCAAGACGUCUGUUCUCAUCUGCUCGUGCAAAGGAAGGGAGAGGGCUAACUCCCCGCUGCUGUGCUGUGUGACACGUUUGCUGUGAGGACCUGAGCACAGUUUGAUUAGCAUUUCAUGUAUCUCGGUGCAAGAAUCUAACCAAACUGCCUGUCCAUAAUUGUGACCUCUUCCCUCUUAUCCUCAGUAUCAUUUACCGUUUUCUUUUUCUAAAACCCAGCAAAACAAAAGUUCUGGUUUGCUUAUGUUUUCCCCUGAUGACUUGAAAUCAGUCACAGCAUUGAAGCAUUUAGUACCUCACUGAUGUAUAGUGUAGUGCCAAAACUGCAGUGAAUUCUUUUUUUUUUUUUUUAGAUGUACUGUUUGCUUAUUGACUGAAAUGACAAUAAAUUGUUUCUAACAAAAACUG